AUGGGACCUUCGAUACACGUUCGACAGUCUGGCUCCUUCCGUCAAGUCCUAACACUGCAGGCAGCGCAAUUUGCGGACGCUUUUGCGAGUCCGCCAUCUGUGACCAGUGAAGCAUAUUCCAAUGAUCCAGUGUUCAAGCUGCACGGGGCGCAGAAAGGCCGCGUGCUACAAAAAGCGAUCUGGAACUCCUUGGCUAAGUCGAGUCCAUCCAUGCAGUUGUCUGACGCCUGUCCUGGUUCAUGUGUAGACGGCCGCAGACGGGCACCUCAUCAAGCUGAGUUCGAUUUCACUUAUGGUGGCCGCAGGGUGGAAUGCAAGGGUGCCAGCAUGGUGUGGAACCCAACACGACAUUCCUGGUACGCUCGAUGGCACCGAAUCAAGUUCAACCUGGCGUGCUUUGACGAGCUCUUUCUUGCGUUUCAUUCCCCCGGACAGGUGGACAUCAUAUUGCACGACGGCCAUGCAGGUGUGAGCAGCUGGGGUUCCCGAACAACAGCUCUGGGUCACAUGGUUUCUUUUGCGGCUGGCAGAGCCAUUGACGACCCAGCGAACGCUCGCCAGCAGAUCCUGGCAAAGAUGCUACAACCCUCCGGCUUGUGCAAGCAUUUCGCGACGCUAAGUUGCACGAGCUUGUCAGAGUUCGUUGCAGACGAACUUGCAAGGGAGAGCUCGUACUUUGCGCUGUCGUGCUAUUCGGGCAUUCCCUUGGCAGAUUUAAGCCACUCUGCACGAGCUUUGCGCCUACAGGAGGUAGCCUUAGUAAUCGAUAAAAUGCUUCAUCCCUGUAGCACUUUCAGCCUCGAUGAUGGCAGCUUCGGGGCCCAUGCUGACUGGCUCCGCGACGGCCUCAAGGUCGAGUUCAAGUCUUCAAGGUUGUCCUGGAAUAGCACGGCACGUAACUGGAGGUGUCAGUUCCGUCGCAUCAAGUUUGCCAGUUCAAGUCCAGAUUGUCAAGCCAGACCGGCCGCGUUCGACGAAUUGUGGCUUGGACUGUACAGCCCGCGUGGCCUGACUGUUUUCCAAUAUGGCGGUCGGUUUGGAUGUUCUACAGCUGGUGUGGAGACCGAUCUUGAGGGCCAUUCAAUAUUUGUCGGCGGGGCACAUGGCCAGGAAUGUCCGGACACAGCUCUGGAUUCAAUACUUGGUAAGUUGCAGAGGUCUGGCUGCAAGCUCUUGGCAACAAUCGCCUGGUGA